AUACAGCUGGUUUUUGGAAAACCUUUGCAGCCUCUGGAAACAAAGCCAGACAGAAAAAUGUGUGGCCAGUCUGUUAGCAGCAGCCUUGGAGGCAGCCUUGGAGAUGGCUUGAAGAAUCAGCAAUUAUUUACUUUACAAAAGAAGGCAGCUCUUCAUAGCUCUGCCUCAGGAAAUGUAGACCCACCAAGAGCUUUAUGGCUUCAGGGCAGCUGGCUUUGAUUGUUAAUUUGUCUUCUACAAAGGCUAUCCUUGCUGAGGACAAUAUUUGGGAACUGGGACUCUUUUUGCUCUGAUUUAUAUGUUCAGUUGAGCAAUAGCCAUAAUGAGAGCAAGCUCUGCCCAAAAAUACAGAUUUAUAUAAGGAAUAUUUGAAUGGGUACCUUGAAUCAAGCUUUAACCCAGGACUUGUUACACCAGAACUCCCCUGUGUUGCAGAUGUCUGGUGUGAUCUUUGAAAUAACAACCACAGACAAUUUGUCCAAGGCCAGUAGAUGUUAAAAAAAUGGAAUAAACAUGCAAAUAAUACAUCAAUGUAGCCUCCAAAAGAUUGUGAUGGUUGUACAUCAAAUUGACUCUGAUAUCAGAAAAAUUAGGUGGUCGAAAUCUCAGCAGGCAUUUACCUGCCAUGCCAAGUACCCAGCUUUCAAGACUUGCCUCCACUCCAGGUCUCAGUUUCCUCUUUCAGAAGGGGUGAAAUAGCUCUUCCCUUCUUAACAGGGCUUUUAUGAAAAGAAACACAUGUAGAGACAUGCAAAGGCGUUCCAGUAAUGAGAACUGUGAAAAAUAAUGAAAAUAAACCUUUGAGAGUACUGGAAAUUGCCUUUUGGAAUUUGCAGAGUAGAAAAUCAAUAAGAGAAAGGGAACAAACAUAAAUGAAAGCACAUCUUGCCCUGAGUCUUUACUCAUUAUGGGAUUUAGGGAAGAUCUAAAUGUUUGCUCCAACAUUUUUCCUCGUUUUGUUUUCUUUGAUUUUCUUUGCUUGAUGUUGUUUAGUUUUAAAAUCUCUUUCCAUAUCCUUCCUGUGAAUGCUACCUCUCUCCUGGGGAUAUCUGGAAGGUACAAGCAGAACUGAAGGGAAACACAGACCAUGGUCUGCAUCUCUGCACAGAGCUCAUCCACAUUGCUCAGCUUAACCCCCAGUGCUGAUGAAAGGAAGUCUGAGGGAGGGACUUUGCACUGGAGCUGAAACCAAAGUGCAGGAAUGUCUCCAGUCAUCCCUGAGGGGUGAGGAAUCUAGCUACAUUGAAGACUCCCCCAGCAAAAAUGGUGUGAUUUCUUUGAUUUUCUCUCUGAAAGAAGAAGUUGGGGCAUUGGCUAAAGUCCUGCGCACAUUUGAGGAAAAAGGUAUAAACUUGACCCACAUUGAGUCCCGACCUUCCCGUCUCAACAAAGAUGAGUAUGAAUUCUUCAUUAACCUGGAAGGCAAGAAUGUCCCAGCACUGGACAAGAUCAUCAAGUCCUUGAGAAGUGAUAUUGGAGCAACAGUCCAUGAGCUCUCACGGACAAAGAAGAAGGACACUGUACCGUGGUUCCCAAGAAGUAUCCAGGAGCUGGACAGGUUUGCCAAUCAGAUCCUAAGCUACGGAGCAGAAUUGGAUGCUGAUCAUCCUGGGUUCAAAGAUCCCGUGUACCGGGCCCGCAGGAAGGAGUUUGCGGAUAUCGCCUACAACUACAGACAUGGCCAACCUAUUCCUCGUGUCACCUAUACGGAAGAAGAAAAGAAAACUUGGGGCACUGUCUUCAGGGAGCUGAAGACUCUGUAUCCAACUCAUGCUUGCUAUGAACACAACCACGUGUUCCCACUGCUGGAGAAGUACUGUGGCUACAGGGAGGACAAUAUUCCCCAGCUUGAAGAUGUUUCAAAUUUCUUGCAGAGCUGCACUGGGUUUCGGCUGCGUCCCGUGGCAGGCUUGCUCUCCUCUCGGGAUUUCCUGGCUGGGCUGGCGUUCCGCGUGUUCCACUCCACGCAGUACAUCCGCCACGCCUCCAAGCCCAUGUACACCCCGGAGCCUGACAUUUGUCAUGAGCUGCUAGGACACGUGCCUCUUUUUGCUGAUCCCAGUUUUGCUCAGUUUUCCCAGGAAAUUGGACUGGCAUCUCUGGGAGCUCCAGAUGAUUUCAUCGAGAAACUUGCUACGGUUUAUUGGUUUACAGUUGAGUUUGGACUUUGUAAGGAAGGAGAUUCCCUCAAGGCAUAUGGUGCAGGGUUGCUGUCUUCAUUUGGGGAGCUGCAGUAUUGUUUAUCAAGUAAGCCUGAGAUUCGGCCUCUUGUCCUGGAGAAGACUUCUGUGCAGAAGUACUGUGUUACAGAGUUCCAGCCUAUCUACUAUGUUGCUGAAAGUUUUAAAGAUGCAAAAGAAAAGCUAAGGAAAUUUGCUCAAACAAUCCCUCGUCCUUUCUCUGUUCGGUACAAUCCCUACACACAGAGGAUUGAAGUCUUGGACAAUGCAAAGCAGCUGAAGAACUUAGCUGACACGAUCAAUAGUGAGAUUGGGAUCCUUUGCAAUGCCCUCCAGAAGAUCAAAUGAAGAUUUGCUGUAACUUGCUAGUGACUAGAAGCUAUCAUGUGAAAGUGCCAGUCUUGAUCUAGCCUCAGUCUAUUAUCUUCCAGUGAACUGUAUCAAUAAUUAUGUUAUAUAUCUUAAUUAUUAGAGAUUAGCAGAGAAAUAGACAUCUAUAGGUGACUCUCAACUCUUCUGGCCUUCAGACACUAAUCCAUUUUUUCUCACUAACGUAUAAAAGUUACCUUAUUCCUGGGAACCUGGGGGAAGUCUAUGCAUGUUUUGUGCCAAAGGUUAGCAGAAGGCGAUCUUCACCAUGCAGAUCAUAAUCUGCUGCACCUGGGAGGUCUGGGACCAGGGAUGGGAUGCCAAUGAUGAACAGUGAUCCACCUUGCCUUCUCUCACAGUCACUCUCCACUCAGGGCCUCCCAAUUGUCCAAGGUUCCCAUGGAGUCUGGAACUGUACACCUUUCAGGGUACCCAGGGAGAUCUUUCAGGGUACAAGGGGAGAUUUCUCUUACAGGCAUAUUCAUCUGCUCACAGUGGAUGGCUGGUGUGUGAAGGCUGCAUUCUUUGUGUGUUCUUCCCUGAGAGAGGUCUCACAGCCUAGAAGGUGGAUACCAGCAGCUUGGAAAUGGAGAGGAAAUGCCUGUUACAAUGCAGCUGAAGGUGCUGGAGCCUUUCAAUUCCUAACUCAGUCUGUCUGUGGCUAGAGUCCCCACCAAAGCCAUGGAAGGCCUGGGUCAGGUGUGCCCCGUGUAACUGCAUUCAAACCCAAACAUGUUAUGUUUCAAGACAGGUCCUAAGUAAUGACAUUUUUUUGUAAUUUUUUUGUAGCUCCACUGCCCAUUUGAGCUUUAAUCUCCUUUUUUUGGGGGGGGGGGUGGGGGUGUGAAAGCAGUUUAAUUUUUCCUGAAGUAUAUCUCAGCUGUGUCAGGAAACGGAGCCAAAGGUGGCUCCAGCUUAACUCAGCAGCUGAGCAUGGAGAGAGAAGAGUCUUGCUGUUCAGGAAGCUCUUUCUGUAUUUAUCCAAUAAAUUUCACUCAAUCAA